CAUGACUCGACCCAAUUGCCGAUCCGGCCUUGUGAAGGAGUUUUUCCCAUCUUAUGCUGUUCGGGCCACAAUAUCCCUCUUUCUUUCUAUUUUUUACAUGAUAAUAAUAUUCCACGCUGAUUACCAAUCGUUGAUUUGCUAUCCUUCUUGCUCUUGUUCUUUUUUCUGUUGCCUCUUUUAGCUCGAAAAAAAAAACGGCCCUUUCCAUUCCUUGAUUGUUUCUUAUUAUCUUUUUAUUUUAUUCAGUUCUGCAUAUGGGGAAUACACAUUGGAACCAGGUCGUUCAACGAGCACGCCGACGCAAUGCACCUUCCAAGAAAAAAUCGCCAUUUCCCUUAGCAUCCACCGAGCGUCGGACGAUCUACGUCAAUAUGGAGAUCCCGCCGGACGAACUCGAUGAUUAUGGCCAACCAUCUCGCACAUUCAUUAGCAACAAAAUCAGAACAGCCAAAUAUACCUGGUACACCUUUUUACCAAGGAAUCUGUUCGAACAGUUUCGAGGCAUUGCCAAUCUGUAUUUUUUAUUUCUCGUCAUUCUCCAAAUGUUCCCCCUUUUCAGUACCUCUGCUUCGCCUGUCCUUGUCGUGCUUCCGCUGGCGGCGAUUCUUAUUAUCACGGGAGUCAAAGAUGCCUUUGAGGAUAACAAACGACACAAAACAGAUCAGAGUGUGAACAAAGCAACCACCUAUACGUUGAGAGAUUGGAAAAACGUCAAUAUUCCUGUGCACAAAGUACCGGUCUGGCGUCGAUGGCUGAAUUCUUUCAAAUCCUUGAUCAAAGCCAGCUUCACAUUCACCGAUCCUGUUCCUGACGAUCGGACUUUCCCUCAUCUCAGCACCAACACCCAUCGCCCUUUGACUUCGGCGCAGUCAUCACCCGACGGCAGGCCAUUCCCUUCUUCACCAUCUACCAUUGCCAGUUCGUUCAAAAAUACACUGCGUUCAACCUCGUCGCUGGCACGCGUUUUUAAAAAGCGGAAAAUCCCUUAUCGCCCUGGCAAGGUUCCACAUUCCGUACUCCGACAAUCGAACCCGUCAUCCACUCCUCCAUUGCAACGUCAAUCGACCUUGUUACAAACCGUGGAUGAAAAGUGGCAAAGCACACGAUGGCAGGAUAUCAAUGUAGGCGACUUUGUGUACCUAAGGAACAAUGAUGCAGUGCCGGCGGAUAUGGUCGUGUUGGCCUCCUCCGAACCCGAUGGUUUAUGCUAUGUUGAAACACAGAAUCUCGACGGUGAAACCAAUUUGAAAAUCAAACGAUCCUUGCAGGCUACCAAUGAUAUCAGCAAACCAGAAGAUUGCGAACGAUGCAAAUUUUAUAUCGAAAGUGAACCACCGCAUGCCAAUCUUUAUUCGUACAAUGGCGUCCUAAAGUGGAAAGUCGAGCCGCGAGAUUUCAUGGAACAAGAAGACGAGCUUAAAAAUGGAUCAUCCAAUACUUUAGCUACCGACGCCGCCGAUGCAGAGGAAGACGACAAUGUCGUAUCUCACGAGAAAACCGAAGCCAUCACAGGUAGCAGUGUACUUUUACGCGGGUGUAUGGUGAGAAAUACAGGUUGGAUCAUCGGCUUGGUUCUAUUUACCGGCAACGAGACCAAGAUCAUGUUGAACUCUGGAAAAACGCCCAGCAAACGAAGCAAAAUGGAAAAAGCGACCAAUCCUCACGUGAUUGCAAACUUUGUCCUGUUGUUUGUUCUGUGUUUGAUAUGUUCGAUCGCAGCCAGUAUUGUAUACAAUGGACAUUCUUCUGCGAAUUAUUUUGAACAGCCGGAUGCUGAAAGUGCCACCAUGGAAGGCUUUCUCAUGUUUUGGACGACCUUGGUCAUUUAUCAAAAUAUUAUCCCCAUUUCUCUGUAUAUAUCUGUACAAAUUGUUAAAACAGCAUCUGCGUAUUUUAUUCACACUGAUCUCGAUAUGUAUAAUGAAAAACUGGAUCAGGCUUGUAUUCCCAAAACAUGGAAUAUCUCGGAUGAUUUGGGUCAAAUCGAGUACAUUUUUUCUGACAAGACGGGCACCUUGACACAAAAUAUUAUGGAAUUUCGUCGAUGCACGAUCAAUGGCGUCACUUACGGCUUGGGCGAAACGGAAGCUUCGAUUGGGGCCAAAUUACGCGAUAAUCCCUCGGCUGAGGCGGCCGACUUUUUUAAAACCAUGGAUCUCGAAAAGGCGCGGGAAGAGAUGUUGCAAAAACAGAUGGACCUCUUUGAGCAUAAAUACGUGAAUCCCAAUUCCUCGUUUGUCGAUCCGAAAUUAUUUGAAGACUUGGCUAAGAAUGAUACCCAAUCCCAAAGCCUUGUCCACUUUUUUUCUGCUUUGGCAUUAUGUCAUACCGUGAUUCCCGAGAUACCUGACCCUUCAAAGCCAAACGAAAUCAUCUACAAGGCGCAAUCACCGGAUGAAUCGGCAUUGGUUGCCACCGCACGCGACGUAGGAUUCACAUUUGUUGCGAGAGAACAGGACAACGUGAUCAUUGAUGCAAUGGGCGAACGACGGGAUAUGACCCUCCUUCACGUCUUGGAAUUUAAUUCCACCAGAAAACGUAUGAGCGUGAUUAUGCGAUCACCGCAAGACGGACGCAUUGUAUUACUAUGUAAAGGAGCCGACUCUGUCAUUUACGAACGAUUGUCCGAACUCCACUCCGACGAUGAAGCCAGUCGCCGACAAAAGCAGGUGCGAGAAGACACACUCAAGGAUUUAGCUGUGUUUGCCAACGAAGGUCUUCGUACUUUAUGUAUCGCUAGUCGUAUUUUGGAGGAAGAUGAAUAUCAGCAAUGGGCCGCACGAUAUAAAACGGCUUCCAACAGCAUCAGCAACCGUGACGAACAGAUAGAAGCCGUGUGUGAGGAAAUCGAACAGUCAUUGACACUGAUUGGUGGUACGGCCAUCGAAGACAAGUUGCAGGAAGGUGUUCCUGACACUAUUGCCGUACUGGCCAAAGCUGGAAUCAAGAUUUGGGUCUUGACAGGCGACAAGAUCGAAACCGCUAUCAACAUUGGCUUUGCGUGCAACCUGUUAACCAAGGACAUGUUACUCAUCAGUAUCAAUGCACGAGACGAAAUGGAUACGUUGGAACAGCUACGCCGUUCACAGCGUGAGGUGAAUGAGAAGGCGAGUUUCCAGAAAUGUGCCUUGGUCAUUGACGGAGAAUCGCUGAAAUACGGUUUGGAAAAUCCUUGCAAGGAAGAAUUAUUAACCCUCGGCACCCAAUGCAUGGCGGUCAUUUGUUGUCGUGUGAGUCCGAUGCAGAAAGCCAAAGUGGUGAACAUGGUCAAGAAAGGAUUGAAGGUGAUGACCCUGGCUAUUGGUGACGGUGCGAACGAUGUGUCCAUGAUUCAGGAGGCAAACGUGGGUGUCGGUAUUUCCGGUGAAGAAGGGAGACAAGCUGUGAUGGCUUCCGAUUACGCGAUUGCUCAAUUCCGUUAUCUGAGUAAACUAUUGCUCGUCCAUGGUCGAUGGUCCUACUUGCGAACAUCCGAAAUGAUUCUCACCUUUUUUUACAAAAAUAUCAUGUGGACCUUGGUCCUGUUCUGGUAUCAGAUCUUUUGCGGAUUUUCAGGCACCAUGAUGUUUGAUUAUUCGUACAUUACGCUAUAUAACCUUGUUUUUACAUCAUUACCUUGUAUCUUUGCUGGCGUGCUUGACCAAGAUUUGAAAGCCCAAUACUCUUUCAAAUAUCCGCAGCUGUAUUUGAUGGGCAUCCGAAACGAUAAAUUCAAAAGCUCGCGAUUUUACCUCACGGUCCUGGACGCCAUUUACCAGUCUGCGGUGUGUUUCGGCAUUCCUUAUCUGGUCUUCAUUGGAGGCAAAAUGAGCAGCCAUGGAUACGAUAAUGAAGGUGUCUAUGAGCUUGGCACUUUUAUUGCUGGUAUUGCUGUGGUGGUGGCCAAUGCGCUUGUUGGAUUUACCAUUUUCAGUUGGACGUGGAUCAUGGUGGCGGUGAUUGUUCUGUCGUCUGCAACCUUUUUCAUCUGGACCGGGGUUUAUGCUCAAAUUGUUACGUUCACGUUUUAUGGUGAAGACAUUCUGUUCCGCGAUGGCUCCUUUUGGUUGUGUCUCGUGUUGACUUUUGUGAUCUGCAUGCUACCUCGGUUUGUGACCAAGUAUUACCUUCAUAUGUAUAUGCCGUUUGACAAUGACAUUGUUCGCGAAAUGGUGCUGUGCAACAAUGACUCGACGCUGUCAAGACUGAAACGAGGCACCAAGGCCCCGCUGGAGGAAGAAAUGCCCAUUACCAUGACACGCACGCAUAGUGAACAAUCGGCCCUUGCUGAACGGGUGGAUGAAUUAUUUGUCGCCGAAAACGCUUAUCCGCUGACAGAACCGCCCGCCACAUUCUCGCACUAUCGUCUCAAUCGCACGUUGACCAAUGUCUCCGGCACCAGUGAAAUCAUGUAUAUGAAGUCCGGUCAGCGCACCUCGUUUACUGGAUUCGCCUAUUCAUCCGACGAUGCUUCAGCCUUUGACGCGUUUCGUAAAUCGGUUUAUCGACAGCCCAAAAAGAUGUCUCCUUCCAAACUGUAUUACCAUGUGCGUAAUUCCACGACGAGUUUAGAAACCACAUGCAAGGGCAAAGUGCUUGGAGAAGACUGGAUGCCGUUGGAUGGGUUCAGAUUGAAACGGUAUGAAACAGCUCCCACGGCCGACAGCUAUCAACGGCAACCCAACAACCUAGGAUGGAAAAUGAUGCGAGCGAUGAAGCAGCGUUUAUCGACACGAUCAUCCCAGCAUCGCUCCUCGGACGCUUACAGUACGUUGGGGGCCAGUGAUACCACCUUGCUCGCUCCGCAACCGGUUGGCAAAUUGAGCUAUGAUUCUUCAGAUCAUCGAAGCCUUGCUUCCUCCGCUUCGGAUUUGCCGCCUUCCACCUCUCAGACCUUUAGCGACAACGACACCGAAAUGGUCGAAAUCAAUCGCCCUUCUUCUCCGUAACUUCCCGUAGCCGUUUCUUGUAUUUUUGUUUUCAUGACCUUUUUCCCCUUUUCUGUAAUUUUUUUUUCUCUUUCUCAUCAAUUUGGCAUAGUCACAUUUCAUGUAUAGAUAACAUAGUUUUUUUUUUCUUGCAAUAUUUUCCAUCAAAGGAUGGGUGAAUGAGGAGACAUGUAUGUAAAAUAUUAUUGACCGUGUUGCAAAAACAA